ACCCACCCACUCACACAUAUAUACAUAUGUUCCGUGUUGUGCGACUUGGUAGUGUCAUGCGUAUGGUGGGCGAGGGAAGGGCGAGGAGCUUGGUCAGCUGCGGUUGGACGGCGCGGAGGGGUGUCGACCAUGACGAGGCGUUUGUGGACGAGGAUGGGUAUGGUGGUGAUGAUGGUGGUCAAGGCGAUGAUGACGAUGAUGGGUUUGAUGCUGAUGAGUAUGCGCUUGGUAUGGAAGAUGCUGUUGAGGGCCUUGCUCGGAGAGUCACGGGCCUCUCCUCUGGCCGAGCUGCGCCAGAGCUUCUCGACUCGGUGCGGGUUGAUGCCUACGGCGCGCCGACUCCGCUCGCCCACAUCGCCCAGGUCGCUACUAAGGGCUCCAACAUGCUCUCGGUCACGCUCUUUGAUCCGUCUCUGACUUCCGAGACCGAGAAGGCCAUCCGCGCCGCAGGGCUAAACCUCAACCCGGUCCCGGCCAAGGGCGGGCUUCACGUGCCGGUGCCCAAGGUGACGGCCGAGCUCCGCCGCGAGCGGCUCAAGCAGCUCGCGGCCUGGUGCGAGGACGCCCGUGUUGCCGUCCGCGCCGCUCGGACCGACGGCAUGAAGCACCUCAAAGCCCUCGAAAAGACUAUGCCCAAGGAGUACUGGAAGCUGACCGUCAAGGAGUUCGAGGCCGUCGUCAACGGCUACCUCGAGCAGAUCGAGACCGUGCGCUCGGCCAAGGAAGGCGAGCUCGGCUCGGACUAGCCUUCACCCCCCUUCCGCGUGCUCUGCUUACAGGCGAAACGUCGGCGGCGUCGGGAACUCAAAGUCGCCCGAGAGAACCUCCUCCGGGGGGAGCGUCUGAAGGUGCGCAAUCUGCGCUCGGACGUAGUCGACCAUCCGCGCGAGCUCGUUGGCCUCGACGUUGGGCGACAUCGAGUACAAAUUGCGCCACAGCGCCGCCGCCAGCACUGUGUCGUCGCCGAUAAAGCCCUCGUCGUAGCCGACA